AUGUUGUAUCCGGAUAAGAGAAAUAGGAAGAGGAAGAAAGAGGAGCCGCCUCGGACGACCCAAAAUCAAUGGAGCCUAUUAAUGUCGCUUCCCAAUGAUUUGUUGUUAAACUGCGUGGCACGCUUGUCAAGGUUGUACUAUCCGACUCUCUCCCUGUGUGCAAGAGCUUUAGAGCUCUCCUGGCUUCACCGAAGCUUUACAAAACCCGGUCACUCAUGGGCCGACGGAGAUAUGUCUCUAUGUGUGCAUACGGUGCGAGUCGCAUUUCCCGAUAUUACUACUGGUCCUGGUGCUAACUUUGGGGGUCUCGUGGCGGUUGGUUCGAGUAUCUACCAAAUUGACAAGUUUGUAUCCUCAGUUGUGGAUUGCCGGUCUCACACGAGGCGCGAGGCUCCAAGGUUCCCGGUGAAGCUAUGGGAAUGUUCUGCUAGCGUCGUCGAUGAAAAGAUAUACGUAGCAGGACGCUACCGAGAAGGCGAUGGCGAUGGCGCUUCCCUUGUCAACUUGUUCAAGGUGUUGGACCCCAAAACUCAAAUUUGGGAUUCUCUGCCUCCAAACCCUAGCACCUGUUAUCAUGGCGUCUACGGAACAGCAUGUAUUGACGGAACGUUCCGCGUGGUGACUAGCUCACAAGUGGACCUUGCUUACGAUUCCAAGGAAGGUAGAUGGGACCUGUUAAGAUCAGUAAUGGAGAAACAUUCUCUAUCACGUAAUUCCUAUUGCGUGGUAGAGAAUGUGUUGUACUCUGCUCCCCAUGGAGACUUGAGAUGGUAUGACUAUGAGGUACACGAGUGGAAAAACUUGAACGGUUUGGAUGGACUACCAAAGUUGGGUUCUUUUGAUCGGAUUGGAUUGGCUGGUUAUGGUGUUGGAAAGAUGAUGGUUUUUUGGAAGGAGAAGAUCCCUUCUGGAUGGCUUGCUUGUGUCCUCUAUCAUACCAAGAUUUGGUGCGCCGAGAUUUCUCUUGAACGACGCAGCGAAAGCAUUUGGGGGCAAGUUGAGUGGUUUGACCAUGUGCUCACAUCCGGUAUGAAUUUUGAUCUCAUCAAGGUUCUUGCUCCCACUCUCUGA